UAGUACGUACGUGUGCGUGCACACCACCAUUUCCCAGCUUGACCCCAAGCGGAUGACGUCAUUCGUUCGAAAUGUCAAGUUAGAGUGACUCGAUGCCACCAGUGCAGUGCGAGUACAGUCGAGGACGGAAGCAAAUUCUUCUCACCAGCGCUCGCGAAGAACAGAGGCACCUGCCGACGAUGCAACGGCGAAGGCCAGCCCACCAAAUAAUCGACGGAGUUCCGAGAUGUAAUAACGUCAAUCCAGACAAGCUAAGAGAAAAUCUCAAGUUCCGAGCGCAGAACGGAGACGUCGUGCAAAUAACGUUCCCGAAGAGUGGAACGCAUUGGUUGAUGUACAUCACGCACCUCAUACUCAGGGAGGGACAACCGAUCACCUCGUACGAGGAGUUCGCCAAAGAAUGGCGCUUCCUGGACUACAUGGACACCAAGGACUGGACCUCGUCUCUGCCACUGAGAACCUUCGCUACACACCUACCGUUGGACAAGCGUACAAUGACCGGAGAAGGCAAGUACGUCUACAUCGCCCGCAAUCCAUGGGAUGUCUGCGUCUCGUUCUACAACAUGGCGAUCAACAUUAGCUCCUUCGACUUCCAAGACGGAACGUUUGAAGACCUAGUCGACACUUUCGUAAGUGGCAACUUCGGCUACGGCGACUAUUUCGAGCACGUAGCAGCGGGAUACGCUCUUAGGGAACAGCCAAACGUGUUCUUCGCGACUUACGAGGAACUCAAAAAGAACACACGCGAGGUCGUGAUUAGGCUGGCCUAUUUCCUGGGAGAGCAGUAUGGCCGAGCUCUGGAAGAGGACGAAGUGUCGCUGGAAAAAGUGCUUGAAAGAUCACAGCCGGAUUAUAUGCGUCGCGUUUUGGUGAUUGACUUGAGCGGAAAGGCUAACCCCCAGUGGUACGAGGUGCUCUCACGGAAGAAGAUCACCUGCAACGAAGGCUACGAAGGAGACGAGAACAAGUACUCGUACGUGAGGAGUGGCAAGGUAGGAGGCUGGAAGGAUUACUUCACACCCGAUCUGCUCCGCAUGAUGGAAAAUCGGAUUCUGGAGGCUGAGAAGGAGUCUUCUUUCAUGGACCUAUGGAAGGACAUUCGAGCUGAAGCGAUCAAAACCAUGCAGAAUUCCGAAUAAAUGGUUGCACUCACAUUCUGCUGCUCAGAGCAUGGUAUUGUGUUUAAAAAUUCUCACGUGGCAGAAUUAUUUUGCUAAAAGCGGCAGCCAGCAAGAAUGGAUCGAAUAAACUUUAUCGUA